AUGAAUAUCUUCAGGCUCACAGCCGAUUUUUCGCAUUUGGCGUCUAUCUUCAUUCUUCUGCAGAAGAUGAAGUCGACCAGUAGCUGUUCCGGAUUGUCUUUCAAGUCACAGGUGCUUUAUCUCUUGGUCUUCGUCACUCGUUACCUUGAUCUGUUCUGGACUAUGUUCGACUCUCUAUACCUCACAACCUUCAAGCUUCUUUUCAUCGGGUCCUCCGCCUACAUCAUCUAUUUGAUGGUGAACGACUACAAGCCUACCCACGAUCCCAACCUCGAUACCUUCAAGGUUCAGUACCUCCUCGGAAUUAGCGCGAUCUUGGCCCUGCUAUUCCCGCGAAACUACACCAUCUCCGAGAUUCUCUGGACUUUCUCGAUCUGGCUGGAGUCUGUCGCAAUCCUUCCUCAGCUGUUUAUGCUCCAGCGCACUGGUGAGGCGGACACCAUCACAACUCACUACCUAUUCUCCUUGGGUAUCUACCGGGCCCUUUAUAUCCCAAACUGGCUAUACCGAUACAUUGCCGACCCUCACUUCGUUUCAACCUACCGGCCAGUCACUAUAAUUGCAGGCAUCAUUCAGACCCUACUAUACUCUGACUUUUUUUACAUUUACUGGAACAAGUAG